CAGGCUCGGGUGAAAAUUUACAUAUCUAGCACUUAAAGAAGCAUUUAUCACUCGGUGACAUAAUCAACUUUAUACCACGCAUUAUAGUCUUAUAGGGAACAUUAUUGAAUCGUGCGGGUAUCUUCAAUCUUAUACGGGUGUGUGAUCAAUUAUUUUUCAUUUUACUUAUUAACUUAAGAAACCACAUACAGCAAUUCUAUUUCAGUCUGUCGGUUUUUUUCUGUCACUUAAGAUUAGGUAGUGCUGUAGAAAGAGUUUUUAUUUUCUAAUUCUAUUUGUAUUAAUACAAUUUGCAAACGAAACAAUAUUAUGAUAACCAUUGACGAGGCGAAUGAAUUUCUAAUUCAUCAACUUAAAUUUGCCAAUUGGAAGGAAGUCAUACAGCGAAAUAAAUUGGAGUUUCUUAAGCUGUUAGUUCCGUAUUAUGCGCACAACAUCUACUUUCAGAAUAUCACAUUGACUUCGAUCCCAGCAAGUGAACGAAAAGUUCCGGAUGAAAAAGCCAUAAUUGUGGCCGGUUUAAAUGGAAUAGGUGGAAAUUGUAUCACCCAAAAUAGUUUUUUAGAUUUGCUGCUAAAGUCACUCGGAUUUGAUUCGUCUAUCAUAUCCGGUACGGUUCAUUGCGGCGAAUCUACUACUACUAACAACCAUGUGUUAGUUGUGGUUCGCUUGAGUCCUAACGAACUUUAUCUCCUCGAUUUGGGUGUUGGUGUACCGUUCCCGGAGCCUAUUCCUCUUCAUAAUUUACCGUAUAUACAUCGAGCGGUAGGACACCGUAUCAUGUACCGGAAGUCUACAAACGAUUUUUACGAAUGUGUUCAACUCGAUGGCACGUUAAUGGGGGAGAAGUAUGAAGACAAUGAGACCGAGUUUGUGCGAUACGAUUUCACAUUGAAUCCACGAACAAUAGACUUCUUCAACGAGCCGCUACAUUUGAUUUUCACCGAUCCAGAGCGUUCCGUUUUUUUUGAAGGUCCACUUUUAUUCCGUUAUUUUACGGAGAACGAGAAUGGGCAAAUGUUAGAUGAUGCACAACUAACUGGAGACCGGAAGUUCAUUUUAAUCCGUGGUGAUGACAUUCUAAUUGGUACGAAUGAAACAAAAUUGCAUCGAAUUGUAACUGACUACGAGGACACAAAAGCAACCAUUCUGAAAUAUUUUCCUAGACUAAGCAAAGAAAAUGUGGAAAAGUCUUUGGAUUUUUUUAAUAAAAAACGUUUCGUCUAGCU